AUGGAUGUGCGGUCGAAGAAUCGUCGGGUCAGCAUGCUCAGCGCGACGCGGAAGAACUUCGCCGAGGUGGAGCGCAUCGUACGGUCGCUGACAGCGGAUAGGUUAGCGGCCGCCAGGGCGGAGCUGGAGACGUCGGGCAAGACUACCGACGAUGGCGUCAAGGAGCUUCUAAGAUGCCUUUCGCUGUACGGCUAUCGGCAGCCCAUGUCGAGGGAGCUCCGUCUGAGCAUGCGGCGCAAGAUCCAGUCACUCAUCUUAUGUCGUGGCGUGCCUGCAAUCUGGUUCACGCUCAACCCGAACGACAUCACGAACCCGGCAUUCCUGCAAGGCCUCGACAAGGCGUUCAAACGUGCGCGGCUGGCCAUCUCGGACCCGUUAAGCUCGGCCGAAUUCUUCCACCGAGAAAUGACGUUGUUCUUCGAACAUUACGUGAGAGUGGGCGAGGAGUCGGUGUUCGGGCGCAUCAGCCACUAUUACGGUGCCGUCGAGACCAACGAGCGUGGAGCGCUCCAUGUUCACGGACUGCUCUGGCUGCAGGGCAACGUGCAUCUAAGCUCGAUGCUUGCCGAUAUCGACGGCGAGGAUCAAGCGGCAUACCGAGAACGCAUCGUCAGAUACGUCGACAGUGUCUUUCCGAGACAGGAUCUGGACCAGGAAGGCUUCUGCGCAAUGCAGGCCGAGCGAUCGGUGACGUCAGAUAUAUCGCAAUUUCUGGGCGACGAACGGCAAUUUUCAGCCUCGUUCGACGAGGAAGCGAACUUCUGUGCCGGCGCGACGCAGAUCCAUACCCACAGCCCGACCUGCGUCAAUGCUUGGGCGUUCCUGAACGUAUCGUUGCUCUACUGGCAAGUCUUCCGACAAUGGCCGCACCUUCGACGAGAAAGCGGCGCAGCCGUUGCAGAUGGCUCUGUGGACGAGUCAAUACUCGUCGAAGAAGCAGGCCAGAGGAUUUGCCGUGUCGAGGCAUACCGUCAUCGGGGAGACGUCCUUCGAGGGCUGUGUCUCUACGACUACGUUUCGCUGGUCAGGCUGAAGCGCAACGAAAGGGACGAGGGGCCCGCCGGCUGGGGGGAGGUCCCGUUCGAGAGCGGCUGGGCUCCGGGAGGCCGUUGGGCGCAGGUGCUCAGGCGACCGGGCAAGCAGGCCACGGUCUGCCUCGACGGGUAUUUGAGCAAGGAUUUCGACGAAGACGACGAAGGGUCGUGCUACCGAAGAGCGGCUGUGCAGCAUCUUGCGCUGUUCGUGCCGUGGACCCUGGCCCCGAGGAUAUCAUGUUUCGUCGAUAACGUGCAGUUGCUGCGACGGUCGGCCGAAGAUGCAAAGCGGGACGCACGGCAGUGGGCGGCCUCGUCCGGUGACGGCGACCCCACGGCAGUACGUCCGGACGAGGACGGCACCGGGGAGGUGGGUGUCGAGCCCGGAUCGGGAUACCAGGCCGACAGUGCGGGAAGCACGAAUCGCCUAAUCGACGUUGUCAGAAGCUCGAUCGGGCCGAACCAAAUCACGGCCGGCUCGCCGGAGCUCACGGCGAUGAUGCAGGAGCUCAGCCGAUUUCAGCAAUCGGCGCUGUCCUCUUCUUCCGAGGUCCAGGCCACAAUACUACCCGAACGGGGCCCAAGACGAAUCAACAUCCGGGGCGGGCAUUCUCCGGAGCCACCAUACCGCCGCAAAGUGAGCGGGGCCAGCGCGGGAAUGGAGAUCCGGUUCGGUGCCUCAACCUCCUUCCUCGAGGCGGGCAAGGCCCUGGCAGCGCGGCUCACGCUAAACAAGAAGCAGGCGAUCGCCUUCCUAAUUAUAUGCCGCCAGCUUGACCUGAUACGGCGCGGGGAGAAAAGCAACGUACGCCAGCUGUGCCAGUUCGUCGGUGGAGAGGGCGGAACGGGCAAGUCACGAGUCAUCGAGGCGCUCGUCGAGCUCUUCGCGUCCAAGGAUCAAUCGAAUCGUCUGAUGAUAACGGCGACGUCGGGGACGGCAGCAGCGCGGAUCAACGGCAUUACGAUCCACUCCGCCUGCGGGUUCUCGAAAGAUCUCGCGGCAGCCGCAAACGCGGCCAAGGAUCUCGACGGGGUGCGACUGCCGAAACAGGCGGAGCGGUUCGUCGACGGGCAAUCCCGGAUGGACUGGCAGGAGAAGGACGUGCUCGUCAUCGACGAGGUGAGCAUGCUCGGGGCGCGGACGCUACACGCGGUGAACGAGCAGCUCUGCCGGCUGCGCGGGUCGCACCAGGAUUUUGGAGACAGCUCCUUCAAGGCCGAGACACGGCACCAGCACGACAAGGCGCACGCGUUGUGGAAGAGAUUCACGACCACGGUCAUGCUGGACGAGCAGGACCGCUCGGAUCUGGACCUCCUCAACUCAAGAUGCUACCGGGAAGGCAGGCGGAUCCCGUGGGAGACGUGCAUCACCGUGGUGACGCCGCUGAACAGGAACCGGUGGAACCUCAACAUGGAGGCCAGCUUGGCGUUCCGGGCCCAGCAGCGGUCAGUGAUGCGCAUCUUCAUCUCGGAUCAUACGUGGAAGGAGGCCCUGCCGACGGAGGAAGAGGCCAUCAUGAUGCUGAACCAGGGCGACGACAGCGCGAUCCCGGUGCCGGCCGUCUUCAUGUUCGUGCCGGGGAUGCCGGUCGUCGUGAACCAUAACACCCAUCAGGGGCUAAAGCUGGUGAACGGCGCCGGCUACACGGCGCUGGAGGUCGUCCUCGACAAGUCGUACCCGGGGCAUCGUAUCACGGCAGACACGACGGUCCAUUUCGGGCCGCCGGCGGGGAUAAUGCUGGAGUCGGAGACGACGAACGACGUUCACUUCUGCCAGCGAAAGAGGCCGUGGCAGCAGAACGACGUCAGCCGAAAGGGCCUGCCCUGUACGGCAGCCUUCGCGUGCACAGACUAUAAAGUGCAGGGCAGGACGCUCGAGCGUGUAGCUCUGGAGCUGCGGGGAACGCGGACGUCAAACAUCGACGGACGCGCCGUGUCCUCGCAGUGCGACCCGUACAGCCUGUACGUGCAGCUGUCUCGCUGCCCGACGCUGGACGGCAUUAUGCUGGUCUCGAAAUUGCGGGAGAGGGACCUGGUGGGCAACAAGGUGCCAGACGAGAUGACAGACGCAGAAGCGAGGCUGGGCCAGCUGAGCGACAAGACUGUCCGCGAGGCCUCGGGAUGGCUAGACGUUGAUUCCCUGGACUCUAAAGGCACGGGCCUGGACGUGUAG